GUAAAGUGCAAGUAUUUCAUUUUAACAAUUAGCAAGCGUUCUUUUUACAAAAAUUCUACAAAUGUAAAUGCUACUUCGGCUUACAAACGGCUCGCAUAAUUAUAUUGUUACACAGCACGAGUCAAUAGCUUAACGGCUCAAUAUCAUAGAAAUGGAGACUGAAAAGGAGAAUCCACUCAGCGAAGAGCCCGGUGAGGGCAUAACAGAAAAGGCCAAAAGUCUUCAGGAUAAUAAAGUACACUCAACCUCUAAUAUGGACGACCCGGCUUCUCAACCCCUAAGCGAGCAGCCUGAAAUAGAAGAAACGGCUGGUUCCCCCAAUCAUAGAAGUCGUUCUGCCAGCGUUACUCGCAAGUCUCGUAGUCGUAGUCGUAGUCGUAGUCCUAGUGAAAGUUCCCGACGCUCGCGGAGUGGCUCUGGCGAGCGUUCCCGCAGUGGCUCACGACGUUCUCGUAGUGGCUCUAAGCGCUCACACAGUGGCAGUCGUUCUCGUAGUGGUUCUAGACGCAGCAGAUCUGGCUCCGGCUCUAGGCGUUCACGUAGCGGUUCCAGGCGCUCACACAGUGGCUCCAGACAGUCACGUAGCGGCUCCAGGCGCUCACACAGUGGCUCCAGACAGUCACGUAGCGGUUCCAGACGCUCACGCAGCGGCUCCAGACGCUCAAGAAGCGGUUCCAGACGCUCACGAAGUGGCUCCAGACGCUCCCGCAGCGGCUCUAGACGUUCGCGAAGCGGGUCCAGACGUUCCCGCAGCGGCUCCCGACGCUCACACAGCGGUUCCAGACGUUCACGCAGCGGCUCUAGAAAAUCUCGUAGUGGAUCUAGACAAUCGCGUAGCGGCUCCAGACGCUCUCACAGCCGUUCACCUGCCAAACGCUCUCGCAGCGGUUCAGCUGCCAAUCGCUCCCGCAGUGGUUCCCGUCACAGUCGCAGUCGCUCCAAAAGUGUUGCCUCAAAACAAAGUCACAAACAGAAUGGCUCCCAUCAUGGUUCACGUUCCCGCUCACGCUCGAAAAGCGUCACACAAGAUGAUGACGAUGACAUUGUUAAUGUUAAACGCACUAUAACCAGCGACUCUGAUGAUGACGACGGACCGAAAUUACCUAAAAAGCGCGCAAAGAUUACAGAUACGGAUGAUGAGGAUGAGGACGAGGCGGUAAUGGCAAAAGCUGCAGAGAGUGGUGAUGAGAAGACCAAUGAGAAGGCAGAGGAUAAGGGCUUGGAAAGUUCAGACGAUGAAAAUAUACCAAUUUCAAAUGAACCAGACAACAGCAACUUCGUAUCAGACUUUGAUGCCAUGUUGAUGCGCAAAAAGGAAGAGAAGCGUGUGCGGCGCCGCAAGCGUGAUAUUGAUUUAAUUAACGAUAAUGACGAUCUUAUUGAUCAGCUAAUAAUUAGUAUGAAGAAUGCCUCCGAUGAUGAUCGUCAACUUAACUUGGUCGGAAAGCCAGCUACAAAGAAGAUAUCAAUGCUUAAACAAGUCAUGUCGCAGCUUAUUAAAAAGGAUCUACAGUUAGCCUUCCUGGAACAUAAUAUACUCAAUGUACUUACCGAUUGGUUAGCCCCAUUGCCAAAUAAAAGUCUGCCGUGCUUACAAAUUCGGCAGAGCAUACUAAAGUUGCUAUCGGAUUUUCCAACCAUAGAGAAGAGCUAUUUGAAGCAAUCCGGCAUUGGCAAGGCUGUCAUGUAUUUGUACAAGCAUCCUCUGGAGAUAAAACCCAAUCGCGAUCGUGCUGGUCGUCUCAUUUCAAAGUGGGCACGACCCAUAUUCAAUUUGAGUUGCGAUUUCUCUGCCAUGAGCAAGGAAGAGCGUCAAGAGCGUGACUUGGCGCAAAUGCCGCGACAGCGCCAAAAGACCCCAGACCGUGAGCCGCCAUCAACAAGCACACCAACGCUCAAUCAGGUUAUUGCCGGCGAGGAUACGUUACUGCGUCCUGGCGAUCCUGGCUGGGUAGCACGAGCACGCGUGCCCAUGCCUUCCAAUAAAGAUUAUGUCAUAAGACCCAAGUCGAAGGUAGAAGGCGAAGUGUCAGAAAGCACCAAGCGCAAGCCGAAUCGUUAUGAGAAACAUAUGAAGAGAUUUUUGGAUUCCAAACGCUCCAAAGAGAGUCGCCGUGCAGUUGAAAUAUCUAUAGAAGGCCGCAAGAUGGCGCUUUAAGUAAACAAGCACACACGCUACAAACUUACAUUAGUUACAAUUACAAAAAUAUGAUUUAAAUACAAUUCGAGUGACAACACAAUUGAACAAAAUUUAUCAACAAUCAACAGCAAAAUAUAUACGGCAUGCAUAUAUAUUGAAUAAUAAUAAUGUAUUGUAUAUAAAAACUCGCUGUGGCUGCUAUAAAAACGAAAAACACCAACCAAUAUUUAAACUUUAUUAAAAUAUAAGGCAAAGGUGCUUUCUUCUGAUAUGAUACUGCCUGAUAAGAACGCGUCUGAUCAAGUUAUAGCAUUAAAUAAAAGCGUGAGCAUUAAGAGAGAGAAACAGUCUGCAUGUG